AUGGCGGCGCGUGACUAUCCAGCAGAAGGGCUUCCAAAUGCUUCUUGGCUUUCGCACGGUCUUUUUCGGUGUACCAGAAUAAUCAAAGGUUCUGACAGGUGCAUGUCGACACACCUUGACACCUGUCCGCGGCAGACCCUGGCCGUGCCGUUGCAAAGACGUGCGCAGGUUUACCUCUAUGGCUCAGAGCAAGACGCGCGGGCCUCGGGAAAUCUCGAGAACCUCGGGAAUCUGAAACAAGUGGGAGAUGAAGUUUUUGUUUACAGGAUGCACGGAGAUGGAACUGAUGAGGAGCUGCAGAGGGCCAUAGAACCAACACCCGAAAGGGCCAGAAGGUCAGUCUUUGGCCUGAGGUGGAGCUCAUGGCAAGUCGGCGACCUGUGUUGGGUUCCUUCGUGCAGGCGCCAGGGUCCUGGGAUGAUGAUGCAGUCUAAGGCCGCUGCCUAG